CCGAACACCAGGAAACUUUAUUAAAUUCUUUUAAGAGUUUUAAAAAGUUAAAAGUUUCUAGCCCAAAAUGUUUAAUUUCAUUACAAUUUCGUGUAAUUAGCGGUAAACUUAUUUUGGAUGAAAAAAACAUGGAAGAUCGAUGACCCGGUUGUUGCAGUUUAUCCUCGUGAUCUUCACAAACCCUUUUAGGGAUCUUCAUAAUUGCCAAAUUGAUCGUCUUCUUCGACCAGAAUGACAUGGUUAAACAAACCCUUCAAAUAUUUGGGAAUGUACAUUUACAGUGGAAGGAACAUAAAAAAUUUAGCCCACAAAAAUGAUAGGUAAAGCAGUCACAUCACUCGUGAUCUUUCUCGUAACCAUCUUCAUCACAUACUCAAUCACAACCGGAGGUUUAGGAUCCGGACGAUUUGGUACAGUUGAUUUGAAAUCCCAGUUAUCUUUCUUCUCCAUUCCCAAAAAUGAUACCCCAUUACCUUGUCGCAGCCGAUCUCCGCUCAGGGUUUUCAUGUACGAUUUGCCCAAGAGGUUUAAUGUCGGUAUGAUGAGCAGUAAGUUCGCCGGAGACGAUAUUUCGCCGUUGAAUGCCAAUAAUCUGCCGACGUUGCCGCAGUAUGCAGGGUUACACCAACAACACAGUGUGGAGUAUUGGAUGAUGACGUCGCUCUUGUAUGAAAACGCUACGGUUGAUGAGAGCAGUGAGGCGGUGAGGGUUUCAAAUCCUGAUGCAGCGGAUGUGUUCUUCGUUCCUUUUUUCUCUUCGAUGAGUUUCAAUACCCACGGGAAGAACAUGACAGAUCCCGAUACUGAAUUUGAUCGACAAUUACAGGAGUAUGAUUACUUUUCUACCUCACAAAUCUUCAGUUUUUGGAGAAGAAAUUGCUCACUCUGUUGAAUUAUGUAGAAAGGUUGACAUCCUUAAAAUUUUGAGGGAAUCUAGUUACUGGCAAAGAACAUCUGGAAGAGAUCACAUUUUGGAAGAUACUCAAAAAGCAUGGCAAAUUUGCAUAAAGACGUUGUCGCCCCUUAUAUGCAUGUCGUAAAGUCUUUCAUGGAUGAUGACUCUCCAAAUCCUUACAAGUUGCGUACCACUCUUCUUUUCUUCAGAGGAAGAACAGUAAGAAAAGCCGAAGGCAAAGUUCGUGCCAAGCUGGAAAAAAUACUAAAAGGUUAUUCAGAUGUACACUUCGAAGCAGGCUACGCUACAGGAGAAGGCAUAAACGCUUCAACGCAGGGGAUGCGGACAUCAAGAUUCUGUUUACAUCCAGCUGGCGACACGCCGUCUUCUAACCGACUGUUUGAUGCUAUCGUGAGCCACUGUGUACCGGUGAUAGUAAGUGACCAUAUUGAGCUCCCUUUUGAGUCGGAAUUAGACUACUCAAAGUUUUCGGUUUUCUUUUCGGUAAAAGAGGCGUUGGUUCCGGGGUAUAUGGUUGAAGAGCUUAGGAAAAUACCCGAAGAGAGGUGGGUUGAAAUGUGGGGCCGGCUUAAAGAAAUUGCACAUCAUUAUGAAUAUGAGUACCCUCCCAAAAAAGAUGAUGCGGUUAAUAUGGUGUGGAAGGAGGUGAGGAGUAAAGUUCCUGCCGAAAGACUUGCUGUAAAUAGAAACCGCAGACUCAAAGUGCAUGAUUGGUGGUGAUUGGUGAGACUGAUCAUAACAAUUUUUUUGUAAAAUUGGUUAACAUUGAUACAUGUUGUAGUUUUCUUUGUAUCCCUAAAACAGGGGAAAUAGUGAUUUUAGCGUGAGAUUCAUAUUUUACAAAGAAGAAUAAUGUUUGGUGAUAUUGAACAACUUUUUUGUUAAAAAGUAAAUGAAUUCCUGGAAUUUUGAAAA